GUGUACCGUGCUUCACCCACACAAUGUAAAGAUAAUGCCUUGGCAACGUAUAACCACGUACUAGAACUUUUUAGAUAUAGAAUAGAACCUGUUUGUAUUGUCUAAAUAAGUAUGUAACUUACAGAAUCUUACUAUCAUCUCCGAGCGGUGUAAAAUGUUGCCGGCACUAUACUGCAUCGGGCCAGCGGCUGGAUUCCCGCUUUCUGCUCAACACCGGUUUGUUCGUCUCCUCACCACAGUCUCUCCUCUUUUUCCUGUCAUCUAAUUACUUAUGCGUGCUCUUCUUCAAGGUCUCUUGACAGCUUUGUUUCUGUUUCAGGGAUUUUCUUGCCAAGCUGCAACUGAUUGCAACACUGAAUAAUCAUUUCGCAUACCUCUCUACUUCUCUCCCACGACCUCCUCACCUGCGGCCAGCUAGUAUAGGCCUGAAUUAGCCAUGGCUUACUCUCCUGCACCGGCAUCGCCUGUGCAUGGUGGUGGCCCUGGUCCAAGUUUGGUAAAUAGCUUACACUCCAGGGGCCGAUCGGCAAGCCCGCCGACCAGCGUACCUCUUUCUAAGCGAGACAAGCGGCGCAGUGCGCUGCAAGAGCGCUUACAAGACCUCACGGCCUCCUUCAGCCAAAACCGAGAUACCCAGUUUCGUCAGCAGCUCCAUGCCUUGCAAUGUGACAUGACCCUCAUCAACAAUGCCGAUCCAUACUCGCCUGGUCCUCUGCCGGACUCGUCGGAAGAGAUCGCGCAUUUAAUAGAGACUACUGUCGGCGGGGGGAAAUUCGCAAAGGAGAUGUCGAGUCUAGCUGGCAUGUGGUAUUCGCGCUUUGUACAGGAGGUAAAUCAGGUUAAAACUGAAAAGGAUGCAGAUUUGGCCAUGCUGGUGCACCGUCAUUCUAGUAACCUAGAACGGUUUCAAAAGGAAUACGCUUUUCGCGUUCAUUUUGCCGAAGAAGAAUACAAGCAUCUGUCCGCUACCCUUCGAGAGCGCCUUGUACAGACAAUAGCGGGCAAGAGGACUCGCCUGAUGCGCGAGAAGGAGCAGCUGGAUAUCGCAGAUACUAACGCUCUGCUUCUGCAUCCCAACCAGUUCAGCAUCACCAAUCCCUCUAGUCCUGGCGGAAUCCACGGGAACCGCAAAACCCGACACACCCGCCACCGUGUCGAUCUGGUGGACGAGCUGGGCAAUGGUAUUCUGGCGGACUUCAAUAAGAGAAAGCGGAAGGCUCCUGAGGAGGACGUUGGAUCUCCGGUACGGGAGGGCGGCUACACUAACCCAGCUGAGCGUGCGAAGGCCCAGGUAGUGCAGCAGCAGCAUGCCCCGUCCUAUUCUAUGCAGUCACUAUUCACGGAGAAGGAGCUGAGUGCCCAUGCUAAUCAAGCGCACGUUGCCACGGUCCACUUCUUUUCUACCUCUAAGCGUGCCGACCAGCCCUCUGGUGCAGCGACGAAUGGUAACAACACCGAUGCAGAAGACGCGUCUGGGGCGGAUGGCACGGAAGACAAUGGCACUCCUGCAACCGACAUGGCGCGGACCGCUAGCCAGAACUUCCACGCUACCCGCUCUACCCGUGGACAUGGUAACCAUGCCCUUAAUGCCCUCGCCGAGCUGUCGGAUAAACCGGCCGUCCGUCCCAAUCUGCCUUACAACAUCCUCGCCAAUUACCAUGCGCGACCCAGCAAUAACGGCGCACCUCCGCUGCCCCCAUUGAUGAACGAGGAAGUGGAUGACGACUGGGCCAGAAUGGACCGUCUCCACGCAAAGCCAGCAGGCUAUGUGGAUAAGGGCUUGAUCCAGUUACUCGUAGAACCGGUCCCAGCCGAGAUAGACGGGAUCCCGCAGAACCCACACCGAUUCAGCAUGUUGCAUCCCGACUUCCCGCCCGACAUGGGCAUACAUCUGCACCCGAUCGAAAGUGGGAAGACAAGACCAGAAUACAGCAGCGACCGCGCAAAGAAGUCCAGAACCGGAUAGAUGCCCCGCGUUUGUGACUCUUCCCUUAUUGGCGUUUAUAUGAUCAUGACUUAGAAUUCACGGGCAGCGGGAGAAGCUAUAAUACCAUGAUGGCGUUUGGAAAGGUCAUUGGAUGGCUGGAACGGGACGGAACAGCGUCCCAUUUUUCAUUUCUCAAUUGUGAAUUGUUUAUCUUCUCUUCCUUAUCUUUCCUUCUAUUGAUUUAAUGCUGGAGUCGAGUAUUUUAUGUUUGGAACAGUUUGUUUGAGAAGGCAUUCUGAAGAUAGAUUCGACUUGUAUCUGGGGUUUACCAGUUGAAUGUUGGAAGUAAAUGUAUGAGACUUGUACAGCAUAGGCCAGUGCAGUGUAAAAAUGCGGUGUUUAAUACCAUUGAAUAUGGAUACUUCAGCGAGUUACUAGGUUCUUAUCAUAUCUAACAAUACUGAAAGUUCUGUUAAAGCUGAUGGCAUU